ACGUCGCAGUCGGUCGCAAUGCCGCGCAAAAGUGGCGCGUUCCAGUUUUAUCAAAGAUGCGAGACUAGACUCAUCAUACAUAUGCAUGGGGGUGUGGUUGCCAGUGCUGUGACGUUUCGUCUCCGAUCGAAAUUGAAAAAUGGAGUGCCUCAUUGACCGCUACAAAGUUUUCGAGGGAAAAAUACUGCAAAACCUAAGAUCCAACGGUAUAAUUCAUCGAAAAGACAGUAGUUCUGGACUAUGGCUGGGCUCGCUAGCAGCGAUCAGUACCAUGGUUACUGUCCUGGGAGAAGAAAACAGUUACUCCGAAGUUUGUUUACUUUUAGGAAUUACAGGGCUGGGUUUGAUUAUCAGUUGUGCAUGUCUUUACACCCGAUUGUCGAUGAACAUGAAAAUGGUCAAAGAUUUUCAAUUGGUUUACUUUUUACCAUCGAUGAUAACAUCUAUGAUGUAUGUUAUUUUAGGGAAUAAAGGAUUACUAACAAGUGUGUUAUGGGGCUUAAGUGUCGGUACACUCAGUACGUGGGGUGUUGUGCAAGCAAUGUCACUGUUCCCUGGAUGUUUUACUCUUGGGGAAGCAACGGUUGUUACUCACGGGUGCAUUUUGUUUUUACUUUCUGCUGCAUCCAACUUACCAUUUAGAUAUCACCUGCCACCAAUUCACGACGACGAUGUGGCUACUGUAGUCUUACAAGUAGGAGGUUUGUUUGUUAUGAUGCUUUGCUUGAUGACCAGAUAUUUUUCUAAACUACGUUCCUCCAAGAACUUUUACGUGACAACGUUGAGUAUGGUACUACUUGUUGUACUACCAGUGCUGUACAAUUUACUAGAUCAAAAUGCAAUUUUUUGGGUACUCACCUUUGCUUUUGGCGAUAUGAGAAGAGUAUUUAUGAUAGUGUAUUGGGCACUAUGUUUAUUGUUGGGAAUUAGCGCAAUAACAUAUAGAAUUCUUUCAAAUAUUCAUGCUUCGACAUCGGCAAGAAAAUCUUUUCACCUGUUGGCAGUGGCAGUUUAUAUUCCAGGAUUAAUAAUGGAACCGACAUUACUUUAUUUAGCAAGUGGUGUAAUAAUGGCCUUGUUCGUGUUACUCGAAUUGAUGAGAAUCUUGAAUCUGCCACCUUUAGGAGAACUCUUGCAAGAAGGCUUCUGUUCAUUUGUCGAUGAAAAAGAUUCAAUAGUGGCAUUGACUCCACUUUACCUUUUGAGUGGAUUGUCCUUUCCAUUGUGGAUGCCUACAGAUAAUCUCGAGCUGCUGCCUCUACUGAGUGGAGUAUUAACAGUAGGUGUAGGUGACACUGCAGCUAGUACGAUUGGCUAUAAAUGGGGUAAACAUAAGUGGCCGGGUUCACAUAAAUCAUUCGAAGGAACAGCAGCUUGCAUCAUCAGUCAGUUAAUUUUAAUAUACGGAUUGCUAUGGUUUGGAUUCAUCCCAAGUGGAUGGUAUCUGCUUCGAACCAUAUUGGUAGUGAUCGGAACCUCACUAGUCGAAGCGAGAACUGACCAAGUGGAUAACUUGGCUUUACCCUUAAUAAUGUAUAUCGCCCUCAGGAUAUAACGUAGUGCGGUUUUUAUUAACCUACCAGUACAAACUAUACCGCGGAGUCUGAGGAUCGGUUAAUGUACCAAUGUUUGAUAUUCGUGUCUCCGAAACGUUCUAGCGAAUAUACCUCAAAGUGAUUGGCAUGUACCUGAAGUCUAAGCCUUACGAGAAUUGACUAAACCGAAAAGGAGUGCCAGUGAUAAGAGGAUAGUAUACACACUACUGCUCUUAUGACAAGUACUUUAAUUAAAUCUACGCUUGUUCAUCCUCAACUAGGAUUGAUUUUCAGUCCUCUUUAUCGGAAACGACACGAGCUUUAAAUAAUGUCCUCCCCAAUUCUGCCGAAGAAUCGUGACUCGAUUACGCUCCACAAGAUGUGUAUUUAUAUUACAAUAAUUAUGUCUGUAUCUUGUCGUUGAUACUUUGAAGGCGACGGUCGAAUAGUCAAUGUACUUGUCAAUUACUGUAUGGAAAUUCAAUGGACAAUUAUCUUGGUGAAAAGUCCCUAGGUAUGUAAUAGGUCUUUAGCAUAAGUACAUUUUGAAACACUUCGAAAUUGAAGUGUGUCACUGUAUAUUAUGAAAGUGGAAAAUGAUCGGGUGUUUUAUGAGUCUUUCAGGUAUUUAUGAUGUAAUAAUAGUUAUUUAUUAUAUUAUGAAAAUCAUGUUUACCUAGCUUCUACCACAUUUUGCUGUGAGCGUUGCGGUAAGCAUUACAGAGGAGCAUACCGUGCGUUAUAUAUAUUACAUUCUUAUACUUCGACUUUGCAUUCCCAUUGAUGCACUUUUCUAUGACACCUGACACGUCGCACGGUAUUUGAUGUAAUGUUUAUUUAAAUAAAAUAUUUUUGUACCUAUA